GCCACUUGGGUGCUGAUGGUGCAUCUUCCUUUGCCCCGCAUCGCCGCUUCACCAUGAUAGGCUCCAAGGCCACAAUCUGUCAUAAUGAUAAACAGCUUCAAUGCUGCCAGAGCUGCAGUCUUCGACGACAUUCUUUUCAUCUUGAGCCGUAUCGAGAGCCAUCUCAGAGAGAGCCGGACUCGCCAUGCAGCUCGUACCAAAGGAGCUUGAUAAGCUCGUCACAGCCCAGUUGGGCUUUUUGGCACAGAGACGUUUGGCCAGAGGCGUUAGGCUAAAUCACGCUGAAGCCUGUGUAACGAAAACCGAGUCGAAAACCCGAAUCUUGUGGCUGACCUCAUGAACAGGCUCUCAUUGCCAGCGUUCUACAUGAAGUAAAUCGGGAACCCUGGAUAGUCGAGCAAAGGAAAUUCUAACAGCGACCAAACAGCUCGUCCGCGAUGGCAAUCACACCUGCGCAGAUCUUAUGGCGAUGGGGAAACAACUGCUUGGUCGGCGCCAUGUCUUGCCAGCAGUUGUAUCUACCUUGCACACGGUGCAAAUCGAAGGCACUUUCAAGACUGGCACAUAUCUUGUGACUGUCGAUCAUCCCAUCAGCUCGGACGACGGUGAUCUGGAGAAGGCCUUGUACGGGAGUUUUCUUCCUGUUCCAUCCAAAGAUGCGUUCCCACUGGCGGAUGCAAGCGAAUAUGAAGACAAGAAGAUGCCUGGUGCCGUAAUUCCAGUCAAGCAAGGCAAGAUUGUGUUAAGCGAAGGUCGGAAGAGGAUCAAACUCAAGGUCACCAGCAAGGGUGACAGACCAAUACAAAUCGGCUCCCAUUACCACUUCAUCGAGACCAAUCCGGCCCUUGAAUUCGACCGAGCCCGCGCUUAUGGCUAUCACCUCGACGUCGCGGCAGGUACCUCCGUGCGCUUCGAGCCCGGCGACACCAAGACCGUCACACUUGUCGAAAUCGCGGGCAACAAAGUCAUCCAUGGCGGCAACAAUCUAGCCACGGGCCCAGUUGACCUUUCACGCGUCGACGAGAUCAUCUCCAAACUCCAAGCUGGCGGCUUCGCGCACAAGCCCGAACCAGUUCGCGACAUGGGCUUUAUCGACGCAGCGUCACUCACACGGGCAGAUUACAUUGGCAUGUUUGGCCCUACGACUGGAGAUAUGGUGCGCCUCGGCAGCACGGACUUGUGGAUCAAAGUCGAGAGGGACAUGACCGUGUACGGCGACGAAUGCAAAUUCGGCGGCGGCAAGACGUUGCGCGAAGGCAUGGGUCAAGCGUCCGGCCGGCACGACGUCGAAGUGUUGGACACGGUCAUCACCAACGCGCUCAUCGUCGACUGGACGGGGAUAUACAAGGCGGAUAUUGGCAUAAAGAACGGCGUGAUCGCGGGCAUCGGCAAGGCGGGCAACCCGGAUGUCAUGGACGGCGUGCAUAAAGACAUGGUCGUGGGCAACGGCACCGAUGUCGUUGCGGGCGAAGGGCUGAUCGUCACGGCCGGGGGCAUUGACUCACACAUCCAUCUCAUCUGCCCGCAGCAAGUGUACGAGGCAAUCUCCGCGGGCAUUACUACUUUCUUGGGUGGAGGCACGGGACCGUCGGCGGGGACAAGUGCGACGACGUGCACGCCCGGCAAGACGUUGAUGAAGCAGAUGCUCCAGGCCGUGGACUCGUUGCCCAUCAACUACGGAAUCACAGGUAAGGGCAACGACUCGGACCCCGUGGCGCUGCGCGAAAGCUGCGAGGCUGGCGCGUGCGGGCUGAAAUUGCACGAGGACUGGGGCACGACGCCCGCGGCCAUCGACACAUGUCUAUCUGUGUGCGACGAAUAUGACGUCCAGUGCCUGAUCCACACGGACACACUCAACGAGUCGGGCUUCGUCGAGUCUUCGAUCGCCGCCUUCAAGGGCCGUACCAUCCACACGUACCACACCGAAGGGGCUGGCGGAGGGCAUGCGCCAGAUAUCAUCAAGGUCGUCGAGCACGAGAAUGUCUUGCCCUCGUCGACCAACCCCACGCGGCCGUAUACCCGGGACACGCUGGACGAGCAUCUCGACAUGCUCAUGGUCUGCCACCACCUGUCCAAGAACAUCCCCGAGGACGUGGCGUUCGCGGAAUCGCGCAUCCGCGCCGAGACGAUUGCCGCGGAAGACGUCCUGCACGACCUGGGCGCCAUCAGCAUGAUGAGCAGCGACUCCCAGGCCAUGGGCCGCUGCGGCGAGGUCAUCAUGCGCACCUGGAACACGGCGCACAAAAACAAGCAGCAACGCGGCUUCCUGCCCGAGGAUGAAGGCACGGGCGUGGAUAAUUUCCGCGUCAAGCGCUAUGUGAGCAAGUACACGGUCAACGCGGCGAUUGCGCAGGGCAUGGGCCAUCUGAUCGGGAGCGUCGAGGUUGGCAAGGUGGCGGAUUUGUGUCUGUGGAAGCCCGCCAUGUUCGGCACGAAGCCCCAGCUGGUGAUCAAGAGUGGCUUCAUUGCGCAGGCCAUGAUGGGCGAUCCGAACGCGAGUAUUCCGACGGUCGAGCCGAUUGUGAGUAGGCCCAUGUUCGCGGCGAUGGUGCCGAAAACGAGUAUCACCUUUGUGAGCGCGAAGAGUAUCGAGUCCGGGGUGAUCGACGGGUAUGGGUUGAACAAGAGGGUCGAGGCGGUGAAGGGGUGUAGGAGCGUCGGCAAGAAGGAUAUGAAGUUCAACGAUGUCAUGCCCAAGAUGAAGGUCGAUCCGGAGAGAUACACCGUCGAGGCGGAUGGGCAGAUCUGCAAGGCCGAGCCGGCGACCGAGGUUGGCCUGGGCCAGGCGUAUUAUGUCUUCUAACUAGGCGAUUAUCUGGUGUACUAGGAGGGGGCGAAGAUGGCGAUGACUGUGAUUGAGAUUCACGACCAAAUAAUACGAGAUCCAGGUUAGAAUCUAGCGGAGGAGCCUGGCUUGGGUAAAGAGAUUUUGGUCCAAGUUAAAGCGAAAAUUAGCUGGAUGAAAUAUCGGAUCAGAGCAAGCAAGAGGCACGGCAAGUUUGGGAGCAUCUCGACCUGGAUACAUACUAGUGAUCGGAUGGCGCAACCCAAAGAGAGAUGAUGUGAGAUUCUUGGACAUUGCAGUCAGAGGCAUUUACGAGAGAUCGACGUCCAACGAGGUGGUUAUGACGGGCAACAGGGCAGUGAACAUCUGGCUGCCCUUUUCUCUUGAGUACUACUCCACGGUGGUGUUCGUUAUACGAGGCUGAGAUACACGGAGAUACUCAUGUAUAUCUUCAAGCAAAGGAGUAUGAUGAAGGUACGGAUCCUCUAUCCACAUUCAUCCAUGAGUUUAGUCCCCGAACCCCAUGCGCCGGGAACUUGUGGGUUCUACGUAGCAAAACAAAUUCGGCAACAGACAAGAAAGAAAGAGCGAUUUGCAUUAGGCCCACGUAGAUUGAGCUGCGAAGGAGAACCGGGCUAGGAGAGGGCAAAAGACAC